GUGUGUCAAAUUCAGGAAGAAUAUCGUGUUGUUUGGAAAAUGUUAAAAAGUGUUACACGGAUUUAGUUAAAAGGAUUUGGUAACUGUAGUGAAACAAAAUGGUGUCACAAGGCGCCUGCAUUAUCUGCCUCUCUCCGGCUCUUCAAAAAUGUUCCGGCUGUCAAAACGUCCACUACUGCUCCAAAGAGCACCAGAAGCAGGACUGGAAGCAGCACAAGUUCCAGUGCACCCCCGCCAGGGUUAAGGAGGAUGAAAAGCUAGGGAGGUACCUCGAAGCCACCAGGGACAUUAAAGCUGGAGACAUUCUGUUGAAGGAAAAGCCUCUUAUCACUGGCCCCACUCAGGUGACACCACCGGUAUGCCUCGGUUGUUACAAACUUCUAGAGGAAGGAAAGACAGUUACGUGUGAACUAUGCGGCUGGCCCUUCUGUUCCCAAGACUGCACAGCCAGGAAGGAACACGAACCUGAGUGCCAUUAUACAGAAAAAAGAGGGGAAAAGGUCAACAUAACAACAUUUGGUGCUCCACACCCGAACUACCAGUGCAUCACAGUUCUACGCUGCCUGUACCAGCGCGACCACGACGAGAAGCUCUGGGCUAAGCUCCAAGCGUUGCAGUCUCACUGUGAUGACAGGCGGGACACGGACAAGUGGAACAAUGAUAAGAAAAUGGUGGCCGAAUUCAUCUGGAAUUUCUUUAAGCUCGAAGGGGUUUUCAGUGAAGAAGAGAUUAUGAAAUGCUGUGGAAUUUUGCAGAUCAAUGGGCACGAGGUACCUCUCCUGGAGCCGGAGUACGUCGCUCUGUUUGAUCGCAUCUCGAUGGUAGAGCACAACUGUCGCGCUAACUGCAACAAGAGCUUCACUUCAAACGGGGAUAUUAUCCUAGUUGCUGGUGUGAACAUCCCCAGUGGCAGCCACAUCUCGGUGUGCUACACCGACCCCAUGUGGGGCACGGAGGCGCGCCGCCACCACCUUGCCGACUCCAAGUUCUUCGAGUGCUCCUGCGAGCGCUGCUCUGACGUCACCGAGCUCGGGACCAUGUACAGUGCUAUCAAGUGCAAGAAGAAGAACUGCAAAGGCUACCUCCUGCCAGAGACCUUCAUCCUUCCAAUCCUGCACAAGACAAAGAAUCCAAAUCCAGAAAACCGGAACUUAGACAAUAAAUUCUGGAAAUGCGAAACUUGCAAGGACUCGGUCUCUGAUGCUAUCAUACAACAGUUGCUGCAAGAUAUCGGGAGAGAACUCAGCAUUAUGCCAAAAGAAGAUCCUGAAGCUUGUGAAAGGUUCAUAGGCCAUUGCGGUAGUUAUCUCCACCCGUCGCACUUCUACAUGACAGACGUGAGCAUGGCGCUGGCGCAGAUGAUCGGCCAGGAGGUCGAGCAGGGCCUCGCGAUGGUGACUGACGACCGCCUGCUGCUGAAGACACAACUGUGCAGGAAGAUCACAGACUUACUUGAGAUAUUGGCUCCAGCUGAGACUCGUCUCCGAGGCACCUUGCUGUUCGAGAUGCACGCCGCCAUCGCUGAAACUGGAAGAAGGCAGUCUCUCAUAGAUGGACCCAUGACUUUACUUGGCUACGUUUCAGAGUCCCGCAGGAUCCUGUCGGAGGCAGCUCGCCUACUCCGUCACGAGCCCCCCGAGCUGCCGGAAGGUAGGCUGUCCCGCCAGGCCAAGAUCAACCUCCUGCAGAUGGACGAUCUCAUCAAAAGCCUCUCUGCAGCUCUACCAUCACCUCUGUAAACUGGACUCUGUAAACUGGUAUUGAUUUUAAAAGUCGAUCUACAAAUGUUUAUCAUGUAUUUUGCUUCAUCAAAUUUUGUUAACGUCUUAAUUUAAAUAAGACUCCAUUGCAAGCUCAAA